AAACACACAAGGUGGAGGGGGGCGCUAUAUAUACAAACAAAACACGUCAAUUUUAUAUAUGUACUUUGCUUUAUCUACACAGUGCAACGAAACCUUUGUUUGUGUUCAUCAUCUGGCGCAGUUCUCGCUUGUUUUGAUUAAAUCUGUGUUUGUUUACGUCGGGCAAUGGCCGAGGCACCCGAGAGCGAGCCCGUGCCCUCCGCGAGCACCGAAUCUGAGAUCGCAGCCGCCCCUCCUGAUGAGAAAGACGAAGAGGGCCCGCUGCCCGAAAAGCGCAGAAAGUUAGAUAAAGAGACGAGCGAGAAGCUCGAGCACAGGCUGGGCGGCAUCCUGUGCUGCGCGGUCUGCCUCGACCUGCCGCCCGCCGCCGUCUACCAGUGCAGCAACGGGCACCUGAUGUGCGCGCCCUGCUUCACGCACCUGCUCGCCGACGCGCGCCUCCGCGACGAGGCGGCCACCUGCCCCAACUGCCGCGUCGAGAUCUCCAAGACUUCUGCCUCGAGGAACCUGGCGGUUGAGAAGACAGUGUCCGAGCUGCCUUCAGAGUGCAAGUACUGCGCUCAGGUGUUCCCGAGGCAUUCGCUACAGCAUCAUGAGGAGAAGAUCUGUGAGGACAGACUGACGGGCUGCCGCUACGCGUCCAUCGGCUGCGGCUGGCGCGGGCCGGCGCACGAGGCGCGCAACCACGAGGCGGCCUGCGCACACCCCGGCAAAAGUGCCGCGGAAGUCGUCGACGUACUAGCUGAGAGAGAAAAGGCGGCGAGGGACGCUAAUGCGGUCUACACGCAGGUGUUAGACUUGCUCUCGUAUGAGAAGAUCACCAUCAACGAUCUGCAGUUGAAACCGUACCGCACAGAAGAGUUCGUGCACAAGCUGUACUACGAGACGUCUCGCUUCAACGCGUUCGGCCACCAGUGGGUCGUGAAAGCCUUCGUGAAUCGCAACCAACGCGACCCCACGCAAAGCACGCAACGCGAAAUUACAUAUCAGUUAAUCCUGAAAAGCAAGACGCUCUCCCCGCUGCUCGUGCAGUGGGUGGGGCUGCGCGGGCCGUACGGCGAGGCGGGCGUGCGCGCGCGCGUGCAGCAGCACGUGUUCGCGGACGACGGGCCCGAGGCGCCGCCGCAGCCGCUGCCGCUGCACGACCAUGCCGACACCAACCGACUGCUCGCUAACAAGGCCAUACACUUCAGACUCAUAAUGUUCCUGACGUCGAAGUGAUCACUUGGGCCCGCGCUCGAGCAGCGGUUCCUGCUGCGCACGCGCCGCAUCCUCCUGCUCGUGCAGCAGUACUUGCUGCUGGUCGAGGGACGACUCAACCGAUAUACUGAACGGGAAAUAGUUCCGUAAAGCCGCCGCAGACGUCUGAAUUUAGAGGGUCUACUGCCAAUGUCGAAAAAUCUCGUUAUCUGCCUCUAUCGAUCGCUCGAAUAUGCAAGAUAGACAGGCAGAUACAUUUUAAUUUUUCAAUAUUGUUGGUAGGCCCUCGGAGCCUGAUUAUUUAUUGGAUCUUAUUAACGUCUAUAGUUAGUAGUCGUGAGUCUGUCAUAGGACUGACUAAUUUCCUUGACCAUAGACAUCAAAAAUCUGUCAGUUCCUCCUGGCAGAUUUCCGUGACCAUAGACAUAUUAAUAGCCAAUAGCAGGCGCACCCCACAUAAGCUGAAGUUAUCAGAAUUAAGAACAUUUAUGGUAACGGAAAAUAAUCUAUGGCUCCAGGUUUUUCUAUACAAAAUAAUCAGGUGCCUAAGGUUGGUAUUCCGGCUGUCCAAUAUCUUGGUCCAAUGUGUAUUGCGUCUCUCUCUCUCACUAAGCAAAAUGUGAGAUGCAAAUACACAUUGAAUAAAGAAAUUGGACAAGUAGAAUACCACCCAUAGACAAUAACUGAAUUUAUUCCGUGAUCAUUAAGAUUCCGGGGCUUCAUUUCUGAUAAUUUCAGCCCGUGUACUGCCCUCCUAAGCCGAACAGCGCUAUCUCAAAAACAAAUGAUUUUGAAAAUGGAAUUCUCAGUUAUAGAAACUAAAGUAUAAAUUAGCAAUGCAUUUUCUUUUGAGAUAGCGCCACUCGGCUUAGCAGGGCAGUGUAGGAUGCACCCAAAAUCGGGUUUUAAAUUCAGGUGAGACUGUGAUGCCCCUAAUUCACUUGUCCAUCUGCUUUUGUCCCCUCGUUCCCACAGAUAGGCUUGCAAUACUAUCUCCUUACCUUUUUAUGUCUUGUCUGUAAAUAUUUAUGUAUUUUCUUUAUCAUAAGUCGCUCUCUGGCGCUUAACACGUUUUAUUAGAAACAAACUCCUCUGCCCAUAAUACCAAAAUGUAUAGUGUUCAGUAUAUAUAAUAUGAAUUAUGUAUGUUCCAUUGUCUAUGAGCUUGAUAUUACGGAGCGGAAAUUGCCAAACUACAGUCAAACCGUUUAUAUGCCGUCGCCUUAGUAUUUUAUAUAACUAAGUCGCGUAAAAUUAUAUGAAACGGCCUUAUAUUAUAGCACUGAACAAAAGUUUAAGACAUAUUUUCGCGUACUUCGUCAUGUAAAAUAUUAUGGCAGGUUUAAAUGUAGGAAGUAACUUGUCGGUAUGUUUGUAUACUUUGUAUUGUAUGUGAUGGCGAAAAACUGAAGUUUUAUGCUAAUGUGUAUGUUUUUGUCUAAUAUUUUUGUUUUAGAGAAAUCUUGACUGUUGAUUAAAUCAUGGUUUGAAUGACUUUACAUCACUCAUUAUAUUUACUUUUUCCUUUUUUUAAAUCAAAGUGUUCGAGAUUAGACUAUAUAUUUGAGUACAAAUUUACAUUUAUUGGGAUUUUAUUUUUAGGCUAAUUUUAUGUGUGCCGUCAUAGAAUAAUAUGUUUAUAUGAAAAAUGCAUGGAAAUCGACAGAAUUGUGAAAUUAACCUUAUUUAGAUAGAGCUUAAAACUAUGAUAUCUCAUUGAUGUUAUAUUUUAAAUUGUAUUAUAAAAGAUAUUGUUUAUAUCGUUUUGAAAGGAGUUCUGUAUCAGGUCGAAUUAAGAGAUUAUUAUUAAUGUUUAGAGUUUAUUUUUCGGGUCCUUUUCACGAAGGUGCAACUAGAUGGCGACACCGGCGUGUUUUUAUUCAGUGUUGCCAUUUCAUAUAACAAAAGGUUAACUUUAUUUGAAAUAGUCUUUCCAACUGUCGUUAUUUAGGCACGAAAUUCGGUCUAUGGCUGGUAAAAUAUAUUAAUUAUCAGCCUUUUAUGAGACUGAAAUGGUUGGACAGACUAUGAAAUUUAAUGUGAAGUAAAAGGAAUAUUGUUGACUUGGUGGUAAAACCUUUGUGAGACGGAUUCGUAUAGAUGUGUGCGUGGUUUAUUGUAUUUACACUAGUGUGAGUGUUCCGUUAGUCGUAACAGAAUGAACUUGUGUUUAUUCAUAUUUGGCUGCUUAGUGGAUAAUAAAGAGAUAAGUUAUUGAA